GGGGAUGACCAGGGAGGAUCCUUGAGCAGUAGAGGGCGAAUGGAAACCCAGGCCACAGCCAGGAAUGCACUCCAUGGCAGCAUCUCUGGAGGAAGGAGUCAAGGCAUGAUGGGAACACACGCCACCAUGGGCACAACUGGAGGCAAUGACGGAGAUGGAGGUGGAGCCGACUGUGCAGACAGAGAGCAAAGGGGGGUGGAGUGACGCUGAAGAUCCAUGUGGUUGUGACGGAGCCAUGAUGCAGCGGAGCCAUGGCGAUCUCUGACCCAUGUGUAGCCGACUAAUUGAGGGAGCCUGGAGAGGCUGAAUGGCCGAUGGCCCACACCGGAAUUGAGGGUGGGAGGAGUGCAGGUGCAGGUGUCUGGUUGCCGGGACAAGGUGGAGUUGAGACAUCCUAGGAUGAUCCAGAUCCACAGGCUCCUCAGGUCCAGGAGAUGAAGACUCCCAGCAGGUCUGAGAUGGAACCCCACUGAAAGGAGGUGAAACAAAGAGACUAACGGAUCACAAUGAAUUCUGUUUCUGGUUUUGGUUCUGACUUCACAGCCUCAGGCUUUCGCUCCUCGCAGUGGGGUGGUGAAUGACUGGGCAUUGGGUUGGGAGUGGUAUCAUCAUCUGUGAGGUCGAAGGUGAAGAAAGAUCCACAACAAGAGCUCAGCACCCAUUCCAAAUAGGUGGUUAAGCUUCCUCGAGGACCCUGCCCAGACAACUGCGCUCAUGUGGCAGUAUUCAGGCCGGCAUGCAGGAAAAAGAAUAAGCCGUCAUCUGUGAAGGUGGAUCAGCGAGACACAGGAAUUCAUCCAUGUGAUCCUUGACUCAAGGGAACGAUCUCCUUUCUCAUGGUGCAGGAGGUGUAUUUCAGGGAGGUCCAUGAUGUCAGAAAAAAGCAAAAACUCACACUCAAAAAAAAAAAAAAUGCUGUUAUACUUUCACUUUAGGGUGCAGUCUUCUCUCAUACUCUGCUGUAAACACAUGCAAAAAGAUGAAGAUUAAGUUUUCGAAAGUCUUUAAUCAAACACAAAGAUAAUCCAAACACAGGGUAACACUGAUGAGACCGGGCAAAGGAAACACAAACAGAACUGAACUAACAUUUAAAUGAUAACAUUGCAUCAAAUACCGAUAAUCACAAAUUAACUUGUAUUUGAAUUAUCACUCAGUAGUUAUUUAACCAUAUACUGUGUCGUUGGAAGGUUUUUGUCUUACAAGCACAUAAAAAUGCAAAUUCAAGUUAUUUCUUUAUUACAUUUAAUGCACGGAUUCCCAAACGUUUUUUUUUUGUCAGCCAAAUCUCUUUCACCUGAUAUAUUUACUUAAAGUACAUAUACAUAGUACAUAUUUUAAUUAUUAACUAUCACAUUUGCAUGUUUACAGUUCUCUAACUUUGGUUAAUGUUCACAUGGCAUGCAGAUAAACAAAUAAAAUAUUAAACAAUUUAGUAAGUGUUUUAUUUUAAUUGCUAUUUUAAAAUAGUUCAUUUUAAUUGCAAAUUUUAUGAUGCAAUUAAUUACUAACUUUUCAUUAAAAUCAUGAACCCCCUGCAGUUCCCUCAUGAACCCAAGUGUGGGAAACCUUGAAUUAAUUUAAUAAAACAUAUUUUUUUCUGUCUGUAUGUUUAUAUCAGUAUGGCAAGGUUAUCCUAUUUAAAUCAAUGUGAUAAACAAGUUGGGUCAAAAGUAAUCAAAAAAAUAGUCUGACAUAUAUUUUACCUAAAAUGUGUAAUGUAACAGAUAACGUUACUAAAUACAAAUUCUUUCAUGUAAUUUGGAAUCAAUCAGUAACAGAACACAAUUUAUUGUUUGUGAAUAAUACUCUGCUCUCCUCUCUCUCUAUAUAUUUUUUUUAGCAUAUCUGCUGUUUUUCAUAUUUGUGUAAACAUUUUAGCAGGCCUAUGAAGUAAGCGAGAUAAAACAGUUAAAUCAUGAUUAAUGGGGAAAUUAAAUAAAAAGAGACAAUAUAUAACCAAAUUAUGUUUAUUUUCUCAGAACCUGGGACAAAGCGAAUAAGUAUUUGUAUUAAGUUUAUUAAAAAUAUGUUUAAAACUUUGUUUAAAACUUGAAUUUAACUUAAUGUGUGGUUUAUUCAUUCAUUCAUUCAUUCAUUCAUUCGUUCGUUCAUUCAUUUUUGUUCGAUAGGAUAUACGCGGAACCUUUGGAUCUAGUCAUUUGUAUUUCCACGGCGCUAAUAGUGUAACACACCAAACACUGAGCUGGUUGUAAUGCUGUGUGUGUGUCAGUAAGGGAUGACUUUUAUUUACGAAUCUUCCGUUGCUAAUCUUAACCGUCAUAUUAGUUGCAAAUAUUCACAUGGCGCCAGAAGGUGACUGGUGGAUAAAUUAUUUUGAUUUAUUAUCUUGUGAUUGAUACCAGUAACUGUUUUGCUUUAGUGUUUUGGUUUUGGCUAGCGAGCAGGCUAACAUAACUUGUUAUGCUACUUAUAUCUCUCAAAUUCGUUUAGUUCAUUUCCUCCCAAUGUUAUUUGAGAUACAGUUCAACAAAUGCACCAGGUGUUUCGUUCUGGUAAAUUCUCAAGCAGUGCAACCCUUCAGUUGUCCACACCUGUCCAGCUGCAAACUGAAUUCGCUUGACAUUAUAUAUACCUAAGAAAACGCAUCAGUAUGUACAAGCAGUGGUCUGUAGAGUUAAAUCCAGAUGUGAAGCUGAUGCAGAAACAGACCGAAUCCAGCCUGCAGCCAAAUGGAGAAAAAACAAGUCCCAUAAGUGUUAUACUAGUUAGCUCUGGCAGCAGAGGAAAUAAACUACUCUUUCGAUACCCGUUUCAGAGGGUGUGUGAAAACACUUCAUCAGCAACAUCAAAACAGCGGAGUCCAUAUGUGCUGAACACCUCAAGUGACUCUGUAGAGGACCAGGAUGGCGAUUCAAGAGAACAAACUCCACUAACUGAUGAACAGUUGGUAGCAGGGUUUUCUGAUAGUAUUCUUGCCACCAUCUUGGCCACCAAGUCUGAUAUGUGCGGCAAGAAGUUUGAACUAAAAAUAGACAAUGUGCGCUUCGUCGGACAUCCAACCUUACUGCAGCCUCCACAUACUGUUCAGGUCUCCAAAACUGACCCCUCCCCCAAAAGAGAACUGCCCACCAUGAUCCUGUUCAGUGUCGUUUUUGCAUUAAGGGCCAACGCAGACGCCUCAGUCAUCAACUGUAUGCAUAACCUGUCUCGUCGCAUUGCCAUCGCCCUGCAGCACGAGGAGCGCAGGUGUCAGUACCUCACCAGAGAGGCCAAGCUCAUGCUGGCUGUGCAGGACGAGGUCACCACCAUGACUGAGACGAACGGCACCCCACAGUCACCGUUUCGCCAGAUCCUUCCCAAGUGCAAAUUAGCAAGAGACCUAACCGAGGCCUAUGACAGUCUCUGCACAACUGGAGUGGUUCGGCUUCACAUUAAUAACUGGCUUGAGGUCAGUUUCUGUCUGCCACAUAAAAUCCAUCGUGUAGGAGGGAAACACAUCCCACCAGAAGCUCUUGAGUGCAGCCUAAAGGCCAUUCGGCCCUAUCACGCACUGCUGCUCCUGGACAACGAGAAGGCCUUACUGGCUCAGCUCCCACUGGACUGCUCUCCUGCUCUGGUCCGGCUCAUCAAGACCUGCUCAGCCGUGAAGAACCUGCAGCAGCUGGCUCAAGAUGCUGACCUGGCUCUCCUACAGGUCUUCCAGAUAGCUGCACAUCUGGUAUACUGGGGUAAAGCCAUCAUUAUCUAUCCUCUCUGUGAGAACAACGUGUAUAUGCUCUCUCCCCAUGCAAACAUCUGCAUCUAUUCUCCUUUGGCUGAGCAGUUUGCCCUCCAAUUUCCAGGCCAUGACCUGCCCUCCAUGUUAGCUAAAUUCUCACUUCCUGUGUCUCUGUCUGAGUUCAGGAAUCCACUAGAUGCCCCAGUGCAUGAGGCCCAGCUCAUUCAGAUGGUGGUCUGGAUGCUCCAGCACCGGCUGCUGUUUCAGCUACAUACGUAUGUUUGUCUGCUGGUCCCGCCUAUUGAGGAGGAGCCUGGUCUGCGGGAGGAGGAGCUACCCCUAGUCACACGCGUUACAGGCCGGAGUCUGAGCACGCCCAGCGCCCUGAGUUUCGGCUCUCCCACAAGUAGCGAUGACAUGACCCUCACGAGUCCCAGUAUGGAUAACUCGAGCGCUGAGCUCCAGACUGGAGGAGACUCUCCUCUCAAUAAAAGAAUGACAGAAACUCUUCUGGCCAGCCUGACUGAACAUGAGCGGCAGGCCAUCCUCCGUGUCCCAGCAGCACAGAACCCCGAGGACCUACGCUUGUUUGCCAGGCUGCUGCAUUAUUUCAGAGGCCAUCAUCACCUGGAAGAGAUCAUGUACAAUGAGAACAUGCGUCGCUCGCAGCUGAAAACUUUAUUAGAUAAGUUUCGUAGUGUCUUGGUGAUAACCAACCACGAGGACCCCAUCAUCUCUCUGUUUCAAUCUCCACCUGACUAAACAGAUCAUCAAGCAUGCAUUCAAUAGAGAGUGUUUGCUUAUCAUCAGUGGCUUAAAAAACCUAAUUCACGAGUGAAAUGCAUUCAUACAUGCUCUGUUUCAUAAGUGGAUUAUGAAGUGAGCCUUGCAUAACCUACUGUAUAUAGAUGUAUUGACCAAAGAUUUUUAUGUUGUCAUGAUUUUACCUUGUGGUUUAUUUUAAUAAACAAUUCAGGGGU